AUCUCUCUAGAGUCUCUUUUGGAAGUUUCUGUUUGUUCUCUCCUGCGAAAACACUCUCAUUCGCGACCAAGUUAUCUUCUUUUUCUGGUUUCUUCUCUUCAUCAUAUAACCAAAACCCUACAAACAAUCCACAGGCAUUCGCAGAUCUCAACUCCUCUUCUCUAUAUCUUUCUAUCAGCUCGGUGCUUGUAAAGGUGAAUCUUUGAGGAAAACUUUUUUCGGGUAAAAAACUCGACCACUUAGAGAAGGCUAUUAUUGUUUAAAAGUAGACGGUCUGGGUCUCAUGAGAAUUGUUAGGGGAAUGCAGAAAUUGUUUCGCGAGGAGCAAAUCACACUGGGCUUGAAGAAAUCCUUCAGCCAAGGGAUUGGCAUCAACACUCCUAGGGCAAGAACGCGCGACAAACCCAUGACUCUCGUCUUAUUGUGUCUCUAAUUUGUGGGGUCCUUUACCGUUCGUCAUCCAGAGUAUAAUAUUAUACACCAUCGGAUUCCAAUGACUCGAAUUUUAGUUCAGCGAGGUUCUACCGGGAGUAGUUCUUCUUCCUCUUCUUCUUUGAACUCAGCCCGUUCUCCUUCCUUGUCGGGGUCCCCUUCUGGCCGGCCUGAGCAGCAAAGUCUUUCAGCUCCGAAAGAUGAGGAAAUUGGAGAAGAGCUGCAAGUUGUGAACGAGCUUUUGGAUAAUUCUGGAAGCACAGAAAAUAGGGCAGCAAAAGGUGAUGAUCUUUUGAUUGAAGGUCCUUGUGGUGAUAGAAUUGAGAGUUCAAUUGAGGAGAAUGACGGUGGUGAGAAAUUAAUCAUUGAUGAUAUCUUGGAUGCUGGGGAGUUGGUGAGAGGACCGGGUGGGUUGAGAACAUCAGAGAGAAUUAUUGUUGAAAAUGAAGGCGCCAGUGUCAUUUCUUCACAGUCUGGUAGUGGAAGUUCGCAUCCACCUCCUCCUCCUGUCCCACCUCCAAAACCGUCAGCCUCAAAUCCAAAUUCAAGGAGGUUGGUUUCAGGAAGUCCUAAUUCUGUGAGAAGAGCAAGUGUCUGGCCUCUUGUGUCUACCAGGUCUUCACCGACUGGGUCUCGACCUUCAUCUCCCAGGUCACAUGCUGAAAGUGAGGGCUACAAUAGUGCUGAUGAGCAGAGUCCUUGCUUUGCUUCCUCCUACAAUGAUUUGGAAAGAGAGCGCCAGUUUGAAAUUGAUAUUCGGCGGGCGAAAGGGUUGGAAGUCAAGCGUAUGUUGGAAGAUGGGAACUGUCUCUUCCGUGCUGUUGCAGAUCAAGUCUAUGGAGAUUCUGAGUUGUAUGAUUUGACCAGGCAAAUGUGCAUAGACUAUAUGGAACGAGAAAGGGAUCACUUUUCACAAUUUAUAACAGAAGGUUUUACAUUGUACUGUAGGAGGAAGAGAAGAGACAAGGUCUAUGGAAACAAUGUGGAGAUUCAAGCCUUAUCUGAAAUGUAUAAUAGGCCUAUCCAUAUCUAUGCAUAUAGCACAGAACCUAUCAAUAUUUUCCAUGGAAGCUACAAUACUGAUACCCCACCAAUACGGCUAAGUUACCAUCAUGGGAAUCAUUACAACUCUCUUGUCGACCCACGUCGAUUGGCAAUUGGUGCAGGGCUUGGAUUCAGCUCUCUUCGGGGGGUGAGUGUUGAUAGGGAUCAAGUCAAGGCUGCUAUGAAGGCCCAGCAGGAUCAACAAAUAGACAAUGCGCUUUUGGCUGAGGGGCGAUUUUACUCUGAUCUUGAGGUUACUGAAAAAGAGAUUGAACGUAUGGUGAUGGAAGCUUCUCGUGCUGAGUAUCUUGCUGAUGACAACUUCAAGGGUCAUAAAGAAUCAUCUACUUCCAGUGCUGAACCAUCAUCCUCUGGAGCAAGAUCGUCUGGCAGUGAGACCAAGCUGGGAAGUGGGAGAAAACAGGGUUCACAGGACACAGUCCUCAGCAGUAGCAUGCAAAUGCUAUUGUCAAUGGGAUUCACCUAUCUGCAGGCAAUAGAGGCUUACCGCAUAUUUGGAGAUGAUGUAGAUUCUAUGGUUUGUUACCUGCUGGAGACCAGUAAUAGCAGCCGACGGAAAGGCAAAGCAACUGAAUGAGGAACUGGUUGCCAUUUGGAAAGAGACCACUGGUCUGGAAAUGGUUGCCAUUUGGAAAGAGACCAGUAUGGUUGAGGAGUAAUAUUGGCUUGCUCUACUGAUAAUGAAGCUUUGGUGAAAUAAAUGAACCGUCCGUGUCAGAGACCUCUUAGAUUUGUUACAUUACUACGUCUAAUUAAUAAAUGGAUCUACUGGGGAUGUAAUUCAUAUAGCCGAGCCUGUGGUCAGGUUUUUAUAUUAGCUCUAGUGAGUUUCGUUUCC